AUGCAGUCGCCCAGCAAACUGAAUCAGUCAUACACGGUAGAAGAAGACGAGGCAGUCUCCUCAAGGAAUGAUCCCAUCCCGCAGCCCAAGUUCACCCGGGAGCUCCCUCCCUCGCCGACCAAAGGAGCGCAGUCGCCCGGUCACUCAUCGUCAAUCAUGGGAACUCGAUCGCGUGAGCCAACGAUUGCAAACACAGCUGCCUCAACCAAGCUUCCUGCCAAUCAAGUCAGAGAAAUCCGAGAGGCGUUCCAAGUCCUGGACCGGGACAACGACGGGCUAGUCAACAAGGAUGACGUCGCAGACGUCCUAAUGAACUUGGGCCAAGACUCAUCGCCUUCUACCCUCUCGCGCUUCUUCCCAUCUGGCGCAUCCCAAACAAUCAACUUCCCGACUUUCCUAAACGCCCUUUCCCAAUUAAUGUCGCCCAUGUCUUCGUCCCAAGAGCUCCUCAACGCCUUAGCUGCAUUUGACGAUGACGAUAAUGGCCAGAUCGACGCGGCGGAACUACGCGAUGCGCUUCUACACACUGUCCCCGAAGAUGGAGGCAUUCCAUUAACGGAACAGCAAAUCGACGAGGUCUUUAGCGGGUUUACAGGGCGGCGAGCGUUCGGGGGCCGGGGCGCAAAGACGGGUGGAAUGAAGAGAGGCGAGGUCUUCCAGUACCACGACUUCGUCCGAGGUGUCGUGGGCGGAGGGGAAAAUGGAAACAAUGGACGACGUGAGGCAGAUGCAGCUCAGGCUUGA